AUGUUUGGACUUCUCGUCACCGUGCAGCUGUUGUUGCUCGCUCACAACAGCCGUCAGUCCUGCUCUGAAGGAAAACCCAAAGAUUGUCAAGAGGCCGACUUUGCUCCUGGGACAACGUUGGGUGGCGAAGGUUUCGACAUCACCAAAAUGGAACAGAAAGGAGUUUUUGUGAUCGAUAUGAAUCAGUGGAAGCGGAAAGACAAGACCUGCCUCUUGUGUUCGAACCCAUUUAUGGAAAACAAGAAGCAGAAGCUGCCUCUGUCGGUGGUGGACUGGAGAGCCAAGCAGUCGUGCUCUGCCAAAGUGUCCAGCAGCCUGCAUAAGUCCAGCGAGAGUCUAGUCAGCUCCAAGACCUCGGCCAUCGAGAACAACUGGAAGGGGAACCUAGACGUCAAUGUGGGUUCAAAAAGUGGCAGUCUGAUGCUGGCUGGAACUCAGUCCAAACUCGCAGACUACUCCAUGCAGAAAACAAUAAACGACAAAUACAGCUUCUCCAGUCAGAGCAUGUCCUGCAAGUUCUACGGAUACCGUAUAUCCAGCACCCCAAAGUUGCACCGGGAAUUUCGCAAAGCAUUAAAACAACUCCCCGAAGUCUACAAUGCGAAAAGCAAACAGCAGUUUGAUGGAAUGAUUGACAAGUUUGGUACUCACUAUAUCACAAAGGUGCAGCUCGGGGGCAGUGUGCAGUCAGUGACCAGUAUCCGGGAGUGUGAGGUCAAUCUCCAGGGCCUCAGUGUGGAGGAGGUGCAGGCCUGUUUGGAGGUGGAGGCCUCAGUGAGCGCUGGUGCAUCUGUGUCCAGUCACGCUGAGUCCAAACAUUGUAAGAGUGAAAUUAAGAAGUCCGAGAGCAAGUACUCCUUCUCCAGCUCCUUCAAUGACAGGUUCACAGAGAUCAAAGGCGGCCACACCACCGAGCCCGACCUCCUCUUCUCCGCAGAAAAAGACCCUUCGGCGUACAAAGACUGGCUGAACUCACUGCCUCAACACCCAGACAUUAUCUCCUACUCCCUGCACCCUCUGCACGAGCUGCUCCCCGCCAAGUCCCCACCUCGCCUCAGCCUGCGCGCCGCCAUCAGCCACUACAUCCUGGAACGAGGACUGUGGAAGAACUGCAGCACGCCUUGUCCUGCCGGAGUCAAGAGCAACCACCGAGACCCCUGUGUUUGUCAGUGUCACAACCACGCGACUGUGACCCCAGACUGCUGCCCCAAAGAGAAAGGCUUGGCUCGAGUGGUCAUCACAGUUCAGCGGGCGACUGGUCUUUGGGGAGACCAAACCACGGCCACAGACGGAUAUGUGAAAGUCUACAGAGGACAGACGCUUUGGAGAUCACAGCAAAUCAACAACAACAACAAUCCUCACUUUGGGCACGUGAUUGACUGGGGGGACGUGAACCUUCUGCAGGGGAAUCGAGUUCGCUUUGAAAUGUGGGACGCAGACAACCAAUGGGACGACGACCUGUUGGGAGCGUGCGAGCGGGUUCUCACAGCGGGAGCAAAACAGGACGUGUGCAAUCUCCAACAUGGCCGCCUCUUUGUCAAGUGGGAGGUGAGGUGUGCUCCCAGCCUCAGCGGAGACCUCUGCACAGAUUACAAACCCUCCCCAAUGAGUUCGAGGCUGAGGGGGUGGUUCAAGUCCCGUAACGCACAUCCAGUUCCAGAGGCUUUGCUGCAGGAGUGGGGAGUGUUCAAAAGUUCAGUGUCGAGCAACAAAACCAGAGUCUGA